AUUCAGUGGUCUGGUGUCUGCUGUUAACAUUCUGUUGACUGUCCAGAUGAAUUUGUUUUGCUGAUUGAAAAAAAAGAGUGAAGUGAGAGACGAGAGUGAGACCGACCAACAGACCGAUGAUAAAAAUUGAACAAUUAUCUACUAGAUUCUAAAUGUAAAAGUAUUAUAAUUUGUCUCAUUUAUUAAAAUGUCGACCAGAUGGUAUCCUAUUUACCAGAAGGGCAAUCCACAGUUGAGGGUAUAUCUGCCCAAUUUCUUCAUGAAGCUAGUACGUCCAGAUUACAAGCAACCACCAAAUAUAGUAAAGUUUAUUGUAUCAAAUGAGAUGACAGAUCAUGACAUAAAAAACUACAUGGAAAAGAUAUACAAUGUACCUGUGGCCCAUGUGAGAUCAACCAUUGUUACAGGUGAAUUCAGGAGAGCUGGUGUUGAGGGGUACGUAGUGAAGGAUGAUGACUUCAAGACUGCUUAUAUUACAUUACCGCUUGGAGAAACAUUUGAGUUUCCAAACUUGUUUCCUGAAAAAGUCAAGGAGAAGAAAGAUAAGGAUGAACAAGAAACACAAGAAGCCGCUAAACAAGGAUUUAAGAAGUUCUUAGAAAAAAAUAAAAACAGGCCUGGACUUCCUGGGUGGUACAGCGUUUAAUGUACAAAUAUAGUGUAUUAUUUAAUAUUUUUGUAAAUAUAGUAAAUUAUUGCUAUCA